CAAAACAGAAAUUACGGGAAUUUCCGAAGACGAACAAAUUAAAUUACUUUGAUUCGACCAAAGCCAUACAUUAUCCUUAAGGGAGAUAUGUCUUCUGUAGGAUUGAUCACAGAUGGAUAUUAAAAUAACGUAUGGAAUUUCGUGGGAGAAUCUCUAAAAUUUUCUAAAAUAUUUUGUAUUAUCUGAUACGAAAUUAUUCGUAGCAAAUAAUUGAAGAGCAGAAGAGAUCAGAUCUUAUUGAGUAAAAUGACUAUUUGCUUUGAAAACAAACCAUCAAAGAAAAGUAAAAACGUACGAAUUUUGAUGUUGCCGAUGUAACAAUACCAUCCAUUGAAAGAUCAAUAAUUUGACAAAAUAUGGGAAACAAAACAAGCAGUGCGCAAGAAACAGCGCAAUUUUACGACGAAGAAAGUUCUCGACAUGUACGAUUUCAAGUGGAAGUUAUCCCAUCUGAGAGAGAUUCAAGAAUAUUUCGCUCGUUCAGAACGCGACCGUUCACGAAAAAAAGCAAUCCAGAAAAAAGGAGAAGUACAACUUAUGACACGGCUAACAAAACACCAUGGCCGCAUCCUCAAAGUGAUUCGUUGUUUUUACCGGAGUACGAGUAUAAAUCGGCAGUACAAUUUAACGAAUAUCAGAUUAUGGAAAAUAUUGGAAAGGGAAAUUUUGGCCAUAUACUCAAGGUGAAGAGAAAAGACACACAAGAAAUAUUUGCAAUGAAGGUUUCUAACAAAUCUGAUAUUGUUCGAGAUAACUGUGUUCAACAGUGUAAAGAGGAAAUUAACAUACAGAAAAAGCUCUGUGAAAAUCCAUUUGUCACUAAGUUAAAGUGCUCCUGGCAAACUAAACAUAAUCUCUAUGUUGUUACAGAAUUUGUUAGAUUUGGUGACUUAUACUCAUUUUGGCUUGUAAAGAAAAAAUUUGAUGAAAAUACAGUGCGUCUCCUUGGAGCAGAAGUUGCACUAGCUCUAGAUUAUUUUCACUCUAAGGGUGUCAUAUAUAGAGAUUUAAAAAUGGAGAAUAUUUUAAUUAAUAAGCAUGGUCAUAUAGUCAUCACUGAUUUUGGUCUUGCAAAAUGCUUAAUGACUGGAGAAAAAACAUCAACAGUAACUGGUACAUUGAAAUACAUGGCACCAGAAAUGUUAAUGACUGAGAAAUAUGAUCAUGCAAUCGACUGGUAUGCCCUUGGUGCUAUCUUAUGUGCAACAUUAUUAUCAAAGUUUCCUUAUCCUGUACCAGUUGAACAAAACGAAAAGCAAGAGUUACUUAAACAAGUCUCUGAAGAAGCAGGGGAUGUGUUGCUUAAGUUGCUAGAAAAAGAUCCUAAACAAAGAUUGCGCACAUUAGAUGCUUAUAAAAAUCACCUGUUUAAUCAAAAUAUCUCAUUUGAAGAUGUACAAGCGCAACAUUGCCCUCCAUUUACUGAAAAACUUCUAAGAGAAUUAGGAAAACAAAAUUUGAAUGAAGCACAUGGAAAACUUCAGCUAAGACAGAAAACUAAAGUGCAAAAGCAACAGUAUCGUCCAAAUUCAUGGGCCAGUCCUGAAAAUUUCCGAAUGCAAUUUGAUCAGGUGGUUAAGCUUGGCAAAAGCAAAGAAUUAGAUGGUGUUGCAGAGAACACAAAAUUCUGACCUAUAACCAGUCAAAUUUAAGAAAUCUUAAGAAUACUGCUGUGUUGACUUAAGCAUUGCUUCCAGUUGCGUUAAAAUAUUUUAUAAAACAAACGUUUGCACAAAGCAUAAAAUUUCACAAGAUAAAAGAAAUUUUCAUUUAUAUUAUUAGUACAGAGAUGAGCUCAGAGAUGAAGACAAAAAGAUAAUGAAUGCUAACUUUCAAUACUUUGUCGUACAUCUAAAUCUCGAGUAUUUUUUAAGAAGUUAAACAUGUGUUGGCAAGGGUUACUAUAGCAACUAUGGUCAAUAUUGUAUACAAUACUAAAACUCCUUACCAAUAUCAUGCUUUAUGUUAUCACGUAUCACUUAACACUACCUUGUUGCAUAAAGAAUCAGCAAAAUAAGACAUAUGGAAAUUACAAUACUUAUGAUGAUUGCA